GCAAAAAGGAGAAAGACGGAGAGAACUAGACAGAGAGAGGACGAGAGACAGACGCAGACACACAGGCGCAGACACACAGACGCAGACUGUGUUUGAGGGGGGUAUCCCAGGGACCGAGUUAGACAGACAGAAACAGGUUGCCAAGGAAACACUCAAGGACAGAGAGGCAAACCGAGGGAGAGAGAGAGAGAGAGAGAGAGAGAGAGAGAGAGAGAGAGAGGGAGAGAGAGAGAGAGAGAGGAGGAUGGGAGGCCAGUGAAACACGCAGAAAGCCAAGUUCCCAGCAGAGGGAGAUCACAACUUGGACUCUUUGCCAACCCCUGGGAUGAGCUUUGGGGCCAUGGGGGCCCUGCAGCUCCCCAGUGUGCUGACCCGUCUUCGGACUGACCUCCUCUGCUACCUGUGGCAUGUACACUGGCUCCGACGAGCCGGGGGCCCAGCCCUCCGAAGCUUGGACCCGGAGCUGGGGGCUUUGCAAGUGCGGCUGGACCGACUGCUCAAGAGACUUCAGAUCUUGAUGGCUCGGCUCUCCCUACCUAAGCCUCCGCCCGAGGCCCCAGCCCCACCUCUGGCCCCGCCAGGGUCAGCCUGGGGGGGGAUCCAGGCAGCCCAUGCUGUGCUGGGGGGGCUUCACCUCACCCUGGACUGGGCUGUGAGGGGUUUGCUGCUGCUGAAGGCUCGACUCUAACCUCCCCUAAGGGGAGAGCAGAAGUUUGGGCCCUGGUGUGGGGGCCCUUGGCCUGCCUCCCUUAAAACCCUUUUUAAUUUAUUUAUUUAUUGGGGGCUCAAAGAGCUGGGCCCAUAUGCUCUGGGCCCCCUCAGAGUAGUCCCCCCCUUUCUGCCCCUUCCACACCCCAAUUUUACAGAACCUUGCACAGCAAUGCCUUCUAUUUAUAGCUAUUUAUUCGGGGGGUGCUGCUGGUCUGGAUGCUGGGGUCCCUAAGAGGAGAGGAGACAGGUGUCCUCUCCUCAGGGCCCCUGAGUGGGGGGGGGGAGGCUCAUCCGGCUUAAUGGCUGAGGGGAGACAAGAUCCCCCUCUGGUCUCCUCUUCCUUGCCCACCUCUAAGUUAUUUAAAUUAUCACUUUUCUUUGGGCUCAUGACUUGACUCUUCCAACCAGCCCUGGCCCUAACUUUGGUACCUAUUUAUUGUAGUUAUUUCUCCUUGUGUUUUGUACAAAAGAAAUGUAAGAGAUAAAGUUGGAUCAAUAAAAAAUUGGCAUCUUC